AGGUGCGUCUGUAGUCCCAUUAAUUAAAAAAGUGCCAAACUCCAAACCACAUUCUUUCUCAAUCAUCUUUUCUUUUUCUCCGCACUCGCUCAAUUUAAAGUUACUCAUCGCUUUCCUGAAGACCUCAACUAUGUACUCUGUUUCCAAGAUGAAAUCGGAUCGUAAGCCUCCUCUCGCUAAAUCGCCGAUGCGUCUGCGACCACGCCGAGUUCUCCGUCCAUCAAACUCCUGUUCGCUUCAAACACCACCAGGUUCGUUGACCGAAUCCAAAAAGCCAAUUGGCUGCCAGAACAUCGAGGAAUCUGAACUUCGACCCGAGUACCGCACGAUUUCCUGUGAAUUACGGGCUCUGACGAAGAUGGUUCGCGAAGAACUGGGGAAGACGGAUUCCGAAAAUAUCGCAUUUGCCAAUUCAUUCGGUGUGAAUUCCGGGACACUGUUUGAGCGGGGAAGGUUUUAUGAUGAAUACUCUGCUAAAAGAAACGAGCGGUUGAAGAGAAAGAAGACAGGAGCUUAUAGUAAAGCGCCUGCGUAUAAUCUUGGCGUAGCUGUGGAGUCGGCGAAGAAGAGCAGUUCUAAGAAACUUGAGAGCUUGCGGAAAUCCGUUUCGGCGACUUGCUCGAUGGAGCGACCGGAGGCUCCCCGAUACAUGCUCAGAAGCAUGACCAAAGGAAAUAAAAAGCUUCCUCCCCUGCCUUCGAACUUUGAGAAAUUAACUAGUGGGUUAGACAAGAAAAUUGGGGCUUCAAGGGUUCGGAGGAUUUGAUUUUUUUUUUUCUUGCCUUUAUAUAAUUCUUGUUUAUUAAUGAAAAAGAGAAGCGGCUUUAUUGUGGUCUAUGGCUCUUGAGUCUUAUGCUUGUCGUUGGAAUCACUUUUCAAGAUGAACCAGCAAUUGAUACUUCAUACUGAAUUUAGCCUCAUCUUUUUUAAGUAUAACGGAGUAAGCUGAUGGAUGACUUCUUAGGUGAAAAUGAUCCUUGGCUCUUGAAUAAUCCUGUACUAUGUCUUAGGUGUUUGGAGAUAUUUGUUACUUUCCUUAUCAGCGGAAUCGUUUGCUGUAAUUACUUGGGAGUUCUCAAUUUCACUCAAUUUUGAAAUACCCCGUAGGUUUUUUCAAUUUCCGGAGAGCGACUUCCCUUAACUAGUAAUUACUUUGGAAAAGAUAAGCCCCUCUUGCUUCUUUACUACGCAGUUUUUCUCUCCUCUGAAGCUUUAUAUGUUGAGCAAUGAAAGUGUGGCAGAAUAAUCCAUCUAUCUGCGUUUACCGGAAAGUUGAAGGCGCGAAUCAUCUCUCCAAAAUCUAUACUAGACUCCUCCAUACACCCAAAAGCCUGCCUGUCCAUAAGCAGAAAUAGUAUGCGAAGCACUGCUAUUUGCAACGGAUAUAGAUUCUUAGUUAUGUGAUAUUGCUUCGCCAUCCAUCUGUUCCCACCCCACCUCUCAGGAAAAAUAAAAAAAAUAACAAGUCUGCGCCUCCUUUAUUGAAUGAAGCAACAAUCUAUCUGCGUUCAUUAGAUACACCCUCUAUCUCUAAACGAUAAGUUGUCUAAUUCCACAUCAAGUGUCAAAGAGGCAAAGGUUUCUCCAGAUCUACAUCUAGCUCCCUUUAAACCACCCAAAAACCCGCCAAUCCUUCAUGUGCACUAGUAGAAAGCCAAACACUGCUAAUAUUUACAACGGAUAUAGGUUCUCAGUUAUGCAACGUUCCUUCACCAUUUUUUGCCUACUCCUGC